UUUACCUAGCAGUUAUUGUCUCAGUUAAUUUUGUUUUUGCAUUCUCCGUUUAUUGGAUAUUGGUUACAAGUUGAGUGAUAGUUUAAAUUAAUGGAUAAAGAUAAAUACGUUAUAAGUAAUGAACCCAAUGAAACGCUUUUCCUUUUUUUACCAUGCAAGGCGCCAGGAAUUGUUGACCUUGGUAUUCCGAAUAAUAAUGAGCCAUCCCCUAAAAACGAAUCAAAUAGUUUAGUGAUUUCCACUCAGGCUAAGCCAACUAAGGUUUUCCAUUGCGAAGAGCAAGCUGAUCCCACAUCCCAAGGAUCAUUAGUCGUUGAAGACGCAGCGGAAGAAUCACUUGAAGAAAGUCAGCAGGAAUUCAUUGACAUUUACGAGGAGGUUAGUAGAGUGAGGCUGCGCGUAAAUCGGCUCAAUCAGCUACUAGGAGGCAACAUACCUGAAUGCAAAAAUAUUGAUAUCUGCAAACAAGAACUUAUAUUUUUGUCCAAGGCCGACGAAGUCCACACCGAGAUUUUUCAGAUGCAAAUUGAUAAUAAUAAACUGGGUCAUCAAAUGACUCAGCUGCUAUCGGUCCGAAAAUCAGCAGAUCUGGCAAUUAAUAUGGUCCGAAAUGAUCAGUGCAGGAUCAAGAAAUUAUGUGAUCAAUUCCAGAGGAGAAUUCAGGAGCUUGACUCCUUUAAACUUAAGUCGGAGAAACACCAAGGAUUGUGCCUGCAACGAUUUCGGUUUUUGGAAGAGGAAAAAUACUGUGGCAGGGAAUUCGAUAAAUAUAUACACAAAACGGCAGAAUCGAUAAAAAAUAAUAAUAGUAAGCAGGUAAUUAGGAAUGAAUAUGACCCUAUAAGGAUAGAAGCCUUUAAAGUGAUAAAUUAUUUGAAGAGGGCGUCGGAAAGUUUACGAGAUCAUCUGUCCGAUGAGAUAAGUAAGAAAAAACAAGAACUCUUCCAGAACGUAUAA